AUGCCCUACUCCAUUCAAAGCGUCUUCCUCCUUCUCGGUCCUACUCUUUUCGCUGCAUCCGUUUACAUGGUGCUCGGGCGUAUCAUUCGCAGCGUACGCGCUGAGAAAUACUCUCUCGUCCCAAUCAAUUGGCUCACCAAGGUCUUCGUCAUGGGAGAUGUUCUCUCUUUCAUGGUGCAGGGUGGGGCUGCUGGAUUGAUGGUCACUGGAAACAAUGCAAGCCUUGGGUCGAAAAUUGUUGUCGUUGGCCUUGUUAUCCAGCUGAUUACAUUCUGCUUCUUUAUUGCCAUAUCAGUGGUGUUUCAGGUUCGCAUGCAUCGAUUGCCCCCUAGAGAGGCUUUUGAGGACAGCAUCAAGUGGAAGAGACACCUCCAUGUCCUCUAUGCUUCCAGUUUGUUGAUCUUGAUCCGGAGCAUUUUCCGGGUUGUUGAGUAUACGCAAGGUAUUGAUGGAUAUUCAUUGACCCAUGAGUGGACGCUUUAUAUUUUUGACUCGAUUUUGAUGUUUGCAGUCAUGGUGAUUUGGGGGAUCUGGCAUCCUGGGGAGUUGAAAAAGUUUCUUGUUUCAGACAGGGUUCCAAUGAGUCUGGAAAGUAUGGACUAA